GUCGACUUCGCUGCUUUCAUACUUGCAAAUUUAUUUUAGAAGACACAGAAGUACCCACUACUGUGAGUGUUUGUGCAUAAUCAGCAGCCAGCGAAGCAGGAAAAGAUUGUUGGAGAACUAUUUAACCUUGUAAGAUAUAGCAAAAUGUUGAAGCAAGUAACCAAACAAUUGGCCGUCCAAUCCGUGAGGGGUUUUGCCACUACAAAGCAAAACAACUUCAAGGUGACCGUAUGCGGUGCCUCAGGUGGUAUCGGUCAGCCUCUUUCGCUGUUGUUGAAGAACAACCCUUUGGUCUCCAAUUUGGCGCUAUAUGACAUUGUACAUACACCUGGAGUAGCUGCCGAUUUGUCACAUAUUGAUACCCAAAGCACCACUGAAGGCCACAUGGGCCCAGAGCAAUUGGGAAAAGCACUAAAAAAUGCUGAUGUUGUCGUUAUACCUGCUGGUGUUCCACGCAAGCCCGGAAUGACACGUGAUGAUCUUUUCAAUGUUAACGCCGGUAUCAUUCGCGAUAUUGCCAACGAAAUUUCCAAAAGCUGCCCAAAAGCCCUAGUGGCCAUCAUCACCAACCCUGUAAAUACCUGCGUGCCAAUCGCUGCUGAAAUUCUGAAAAAAGCCGGCGUAUAUGAUCCCAAACGUUUAUUUGGCGUAUCUACUUUGGAUGUAGUGCGUGCACGUGCCUUCAUCGGUGCCGCUUUGGGUGUUAACCCACAACAGGUUGAUAUUCCAGUUAUCGGUGGACAUUCCGGUGUUACCAUUCUUCCCAUCCUUUCGCAAUGCCAACCCGCUUUCAAGGGAGAUCAGGCUACCAUUGAAAAAUUGACGGUACGCAUUCAGGAGGCCGGUACUGAAGUCGUAAAGGCCAAAGCUGGCGCUGGUUCGGCGACACUCUCCAUGGCAUACGCUGGUGCGCGGUUCGCUGGCUCUUUACUGAAAGGCUUGAAUGGCGAGAAGGGCGUCGUAGAAUGCUCAUACGUACAAUCUGAUAUUACUGAAGCGACAUUCUUCUCCACUCCAUUGAUAUUGGGAAAGAAUGGUCAGCAAGAGAAUUUGGGUCUGCCAAAAUUGAAUGAUUUCGAGAAAAAGUUGUUGGCAGCUGCGUUGCCUGAGCUGAAGAAGAACAUUCAAAAGGGUAUUGAAUUCGCAAAUGCUUAAGCGAAUACUCUCUGCAAAGCUUUUAGUUUUUCGUCAAUCAUCUCCAAAAAAAUAACUGAUGGCAUAAACAUAUUAGUGUUUCGAUAUAAAAUGAGAAAUAUUAUUGUAAAAAUUUAGUUCAAUGGUCACUCUAAAAAUAUAUGGAAAUAACAAUUGGAAGUACGUAGAAAAUAAUUAAA